AAUCUCGUGACGGUUUCGGGUUCGCUCGCCUGCUGCCAGCUUGUGCUUUUGGCCUGUAUAAAUUUUCCAACCAUUGUUGAAUCUGCGAUCACAAGUGCUUGAAACGUUGAAACGUAACGAACCUUCAGUCGUCGUCGCCGUUGUUCUUUUGUUAGUUUUUCUGUUCGAAAAAAGUGACUCAAAAUGACCAUCAACGAGAAAACUAAACUGCUGCCCAAGGAGUACCAGAAAUCCUACGUGAUUCCGAUUCCCCAGGAGGAAGAUCCCAACAACAAUACCAGUGCGAGCAUACUACAAAACUAUGAUUCGUACGCUCUGACCAAGGAAGAGCUGACCAAAUACAUCGAGGAUCCAUUCUGGAAUCGAGUCCGGUACAUCUGCUUCUCGCUCUAUUGGAUUCUUUGCAUCGUAGCCCUGUUCUGCUCGUGCUACCUGGCAGCGGAAGCCCUGGAUUCCGGAUUAUGCGAAGUUGCCUUUGAAGAAAAUGGUACCUCAAUGCUAAACAAUGCCACCUUCGGUGGAGGCAGCUCGACCCCAUCACCACCGAUUCCCAUCAGUACGGCAGUAACGGAUGAUAACUCCGGUGUUGUCUUGCGUAUGCUGAAUCAACCAUCCUCCUGAAGUAGCCUACAGUAUGGUAGCUCAAUUGCUGUGAUCAAAGUUUAACCUCACCAUUUUACUGUUAGUGACGACUAGAUUAUUUAAUCGAAUCGGAGAAAGUAGAUAACGCAAGUAAACAUAACGCAACUAUUUAUUAUGACAGUUAGCUAAGCAAUAGUUUUCAUCGAUGCAUUCAUCCGUAUGUUUGUAUAUAGUUUCGCAUUCAUUCAUCGGAUUAGAGUUAUCACCAUCUCGCUUAUCAGAUUACCUUUUCGCAUGGAUGAGAUUUAACGCACAUGAGUUUUUGUCAUGCCAUAGAACAAGCCGACUGGUUAGAACCGGCCUUCAAGUUAGACACAUGUGAUUGUAAGUAUAAUAUUAUAAUAGACAAGUGUAAGCUAGAGAGCAGGAAAACUGAUGUAAUAGUAGGGAAAAAUUGACUCAGACUUUUACCCAUCAGCGGGGCACGAGGCUUGCCAUUGACAUAUUUGUAGCUGUCGAACGAUGCAGUGUUUUGUACUGAAAUACUGUUGAGCAAUAAUAAACAAUUUUUAAUAUAGGUUA